UUCUUUUCGCCGUUACCCGACGACACCGCCCAUGUCGCUCCUUCACUUCCCUCGCUCCCACGCCUGUCCGGAGGGGCCUCACCUACGCCUUCAUCGGCCUAGGACAAAUGGGCUAUCCAAUGGCCCUCAACCUCGCCCGAAAAUCCGAUCCCUCCACUCGAUUGCUCGUGCACGACAUCUCCGGCUCCGCACUCCGUGCCUUCAAGGCCGACUCAGUCACGGGAGAACAGGGCGCAAAAGUCGAGAUCUGUGUUAACGUGGACGAUAUAGCGCUGGGCGGGCCCAGUAAAGGUGAGGUACCGAGUGUGGUUAUGACGAUGUUACCGGCUACGCAGCAUGUGGAGUCAGUCUACACUCGACUCAUCUCUGCGUUCCCUGGAUUUCGGGAUAAGACAUCGCUGAAGAAGCCGAUUACGUUUAUUGAUUCUUCUACGAUUUCACCGAGGGCGAGUAUCUCUCUUGCGAGACGGAUGUCGCAUUUGGGAAAGUUCGUUGAUGCGCCGGUUAGUGGUGGUACAGCCGGUGCGAAUGCGGGUACACUGACGUUCAUGAUUGGAAAUACGGAGUACGCUACUCCACCUCCUCCGCUAAUCGAAUCCGUCCUCAAGAAAAUGGGCACGAACCUCCUCGCCUGUGGCCCCACUCCCGGCUCCGGCCUGAAAACAAAGCUCGUCAACAACUAUCUACUUGCAAUCCAACAACUCGCAAUCGCCGAAACCCUAGCAUUGGCGGAACACAUGGACCUAAACCCGGCAGAGACAAACAAGAUCAUCAACGUCAGCACCGGCCGCUCGUGGUCUUCGAUGGUUAACCCACCCGUUGUGGGAGGCGCCCUCGAUGGUAAGGAAGUCCCACGCGCACGGGGCUGGACAGGCGGUUUCGGCACCGCGCUCAUGUGGAAAGAUCUCGGACUAUGUCUCGACGCCGUUGGUGCGAACGUGUCUACGGCGAAUGGAAACGGAGCGAUGAUGCCUGCCGCGGGUACACCGGUUGGGAGCGCGGCGAUGAUGGAUGGUGCUGCGUGGAGGACGAGGGCGAAUGGAGCGAGGACUGGGACGGAUUGUUUGCUUGAUGCGAGGGGGGUUAAGCCGGCUAGGAGUGCGGAAAGUGGAGCUGUUGCGCAGGAGGCUGUGAAGCUAUCUGGAGCGCCUUCCUCGUCAGACUUUGGGUCACUUGCCAGCUCCGAGGUUCAGGAGUCUGAAGGCACCGGCGAGGCGGCACAAGCAGCAUCGCCACACGGAGGACAGAACUUGCCGAUGAUGGAUUUAGGGAUGGCUGCGGCACACGUUUGGCAGAAGGCCACACAGGAUCCCCGGUGUGCGGGGAAGGACUUUUCGAGUGUAUGGAGGAUGGUGGUAAAGGAGGGAGAGUGAGUGAUAUUGUCACACAAUCGCAUAGUGUCUAGUUAAUCGUAGCAUACCCAAUAUUGAUAUCAAUUCAUGAAGUACCCAAAACACCCCUUCUGAGAUACUCCACCCCACCCUUCUCCUCAUCCGUCUUCAACAAAAAAGUAAUGAUCCCCCUCGCAACAUUCUCUCCAUCAUUCUCCCCCGCCGCUCUCGGCCACGCUUCCUCAACUAC